AUGAGCUCGCGCGUUCUCGCGUCGACCGCCGAAAAUGAAGCUGAAUGGAAGAAGAGGGCGACGAAGGAACUGAAGGGCUCGCCCAAGCACGAGGGCAAGGACCCCCUCGAAUCUCUGUCCUUCGAGACGCCCGAGGGGAUCCGAAUGAAGCCGCUCUACACGCCCACCGAUGUGGCGGGGCUCGACCUGACCACCAACCCCUACCCCGGCCUCUUCCCGUACACGCGCGGCCCCUAUGCCACCAUGUACACCAACCGCGCGUGGACCGUGCGGCAGUACGCUGGUUUCUCGACGGCCGAGGAAUCGAACAAAUUCUACAAGCAGAAUCUGGCUGCUGGGCAGACCGGUCUCAGCGUGGCCUUUGAUUUGGCCACUCACAGAGGUUAUGAUUCCAACCACCCUCGCGUGAAGGGAGACGUCGGCAUGGCUGGCGUAGCCAUCGACACCGUCGAGGACAUGAAGGUCCUCUUCAAGGACAUCCCUCUGGACAAGGUGUCCGUCUCGAUGACGAUGAACGGUGCGGUCCUGCCAGUGCUGGCCAUGUACAUCGUGGCCGCUGAAGAGCAGGGAGUGAAGCAGGCGCUCCUCUCGGGCACCAUCCAGAACGACAUUCUCAAGGAGUUCAUGGUCAGGAACACGUUUAUCUACCCGCCCAAGCCCUCGAUGCGGGUGGUGGGCGAGAUCAUGGCCUACACGUCCAAGAACAUGCCCAAGUACAACUCCAUCUCGAUCUCCGGCUACCAUAUCCAGGAGGCCGGAGCCGAUGCUUCCCUGGAGUUGGCCUACACCAUUGCCGACGGCCUCGAAUACGUCCGGACCGGCAUGGCUCAGGGUCUCAGCGUGGAUAACCUGGCGCCCCGUUUCUCGUUCUUCUUCGGCAUCGGCAUGAACUUCUACAUGGAGAUCGCCAAGCUGCGCGCGGCCAGGAAGGUGUGGUCGCAGCUCAUCAAGGAAAAGUUCAGCCCCAAGGACGAAAGGACGACUGUCGAGGCUAUGGCGGCCGUCUUGGGCGGAACCCAGAGCUUGCAUACGAACGCGUACGACGAGGCCGUCGGUCUGCCCACGGUGACCUCUGCGCGCGUGGCCCGUAACACGCAGCUCAUUCUGCGUGACGAGAGCGGCAUCCCCAAGGUGAUCGACCCCUGGGGCGGGUCGUACAUGAUGGAGAAGCUCACCGACGACCUGGCCAACACGGCCCUCGAUAUCAUCAACGAGGUCGAGUCCAUGGGCGGCAUGUCGUCUGCGGUGGAGAAGGGAUUCCCGAAGCUCCGCAUCGAGCAGGUGGCCGCCAAGCGACAGGCCGCGAUCGACUCCGGCGAGCAGGUCAUCGUGGGCGUCAACAAGUUCCGUCUGGCCAAGGAGGAAAAGAUGGACGUCCGACAAAUCGACAACACCAUCGUGAGGGAGGCGCAGAUCAAGCAGCUCGAACAGAUCUUUGCGGGCCGAGACAAGGCCAAGGCCGAGCAGUGUCUGGCGAACUUGACCAAGGCAGCGGCCGGCGAGCUCUCGGGCAACCUGCUCGAGCUGGCGGUAGAGGCCGCGCGUGCGCGCUGCUCGGUGGGCGAGAUCAGCGACGCCCUCGAGAAGGUGUUCGGGCGGUUCCAGCUCAACGACAGCCUGGUGAGCGGGGUCUACGCCGCGAGCCACCCGCAGCAGGACCUCAUCCACCGCAUCCAGGGCCUCUCCGAACAGUUCCUCAAGGACGAGGGCAGGCGACCGCGCAUCCUCGUCGCCAAAAUGGGCCAGGACGGACACGACAGAGGCGCCAAGGUGAUCGCCACGGGUUUCGCGGAUCUCGGAUGGGACGUCGACGUGGGUCCCCUCUUCCAGACCCCUGCCGAAGUGGCUCGUCAGGCCAUCGACGCUGACGUGCACGCCGUCGGUAUUUCGAGCCAGGCGGCGGGCCACAAGACGCUGGUGCCGGACCUGGUGGCCGAGCUCAAGAAGCAGGGCGCCGAGGACGUGGUGGUCGUGGUCGGUGGCGUGAUUCCUCCGGAUGACUACGACUUCCUCUACAAGAGCGGCGUAUCCUGCAUCUUCGGCCCCGGCACGCGCAUCCCGGACGCUGCGGAGCAGGUGAUUAGCUCGAUCAAGAAGAAGCACCUCAAGUCGGCCGUCACGGCCCAGUAA